CCACCUGUUCAACCUCUGCUUCAUGAAUAAAAGGGCAGGCACCAUAGACGCACCUCAAGGAAAGAAAGAGCAGUUGAUCGCAGAUCUCCUCCUCGCUUUGUUCUGCCAACUCUCCUGUAAGCCAUGUUAAAGGUCAGUUCAGUGGCUGCACUCCCAGCCUCCAAUACCCUCUGGUUUCCAGGCACCAGAAUGGAAGGCUUUGCAGUGGUUCCUCCAUCUAAGAGAACAGCAGAGAUAGCCAAGAGCCGGGAAGAGCUCCUCCGGCUCUUGCAUGAUCUCCCGGAGUGCGAGUACGAGCUCUCCCUCACCGAUCUCAUCGAGAAAGGACCGGUCGCUGCUGAUUCAACCACUGCAGAGAGUAGCCCGUCCUUGGAGGAAGGCAAAUCGGAUCAGGCAUCAUUGGCGAAGAAGAGGAAGCAGGACAUGAACAGGAGCAACAAGCGUAGUUUUCGCAGCCAUAGCGAUGGUGUGCUUUUGAGGUUUUACGUGCCGGCUUCCUUGACGCGAAGCCUUACCACGCCACGGACGAGCCGCGGACGUCGGUUCAAAUCCACAAAGGAAAGCAACGAGAGAGAUGGAGAAGUAAUCCCAUUCGGAUGUUGGUCGGCUUUAUGGAAUAGGAGGGGGAAGUCGAGCAGGAAGGCGCUGGAAAGAAUGAACUGAACACGAAUCGGUGCUGAUGGAAUAAUGUCAAUGCUUCGCCUUAUAAAUUUAUGGAUUAGAUAUUAAGACGCUAUACUCGAUUAACGUGCAAUAACGAAUGUACAUAAAUAGUUCCACAGCCCAACCUGCCUCUUAGUUGGGCCAUCAACUCAUCCGUCUGCUGCUCAUUCAUUUAUUUAAUUAUCGAUUUUGUUUUCUCAUCUUGUAGGUAAUUUCGUAUGUUUCAAUGUAUUGAUGAUGGAAGAAGCAAUAAGCAUAUGUUGUCUUGUCGUGUGUCAUGUGGACUACAGUAAUUUUCCAGAGAAGGAUAGAUGAUUAUCCAUACAAUCGGCUGCAGAAGCUGAAAAUAACAUUCUACUGACCAGAUUUAUGAUCGUAUUUGAUUCCGCCGUCGAUGCAAGAAAGGUAGUCGAUGCAUCGACGGAGGAAGAGUUGUCAGCACCGAGUUCAGACCCAUCACGUUCAUGAGACGUACGUCGCAGGAAAGACCCAUUAGCCCAUUAAUGAAGGAACCUUUCGAUGCUUCCACUGGAACCCGGUUGCAUUGAUGUGUGGUAGGUGAACUGAUCGCGAGAGCUCACUUACAUUUUGCCGAGGGAGCAAACCGUAGAGAAGCUUAGCAUCCCUUCCACAUCUCCAUGCUUCCAGCUCGCAUUUGCACUCUAAAAGUCCAUCGGGAAGCGUGAAAUCACAAGGCAGCACCUAAAAGUCAACUAAACCUACGUCGUGCAGAUAAGCCUCGCCACCGGAGCAUUCGCGUGUUGAAGAGCCGAUUGAAACUAAUGUCGUUUUGUGGAGAUCAAGAUG